CUUUCCUUACUUGCGUUGUCUAUCUCUUCUUGCUCUCAUCUUCAUCCAAUCAAUCACAAAAUCAUUUAUUCAUCACUUCUCGUUCUCUCUCUUUUCAAUAUAUACAUAUAUCAUCUUGUAUUGAAUAUAAAUAUAUAUAUCAUCUUGUCGCUACUACUACAACAACUAAAAUUAGGAUCUCAGAGUUCUUUGACACACACGAACACACACACACACACACACACACACGCACAGAGAGUGGAGAGAGGGGUAACGCAAGGUGUGAGUUCUGGAGCAAUGUCGGCUUUCCAGGACAAGGACCCCCGCGCAGAGGUCAUUGCUUCUUCGAUACGAGUCGUUCCCAACUUCCCCAAACCAGGGAUUAUGUUCCAAGACAUCACCACGUUGCUUCUGGAUCCCAUAGCAUUCAAGAACGUGGUGGAUAUGUUCGUCGAGAGGUACACCGGGAUGGGCAUCUCGGUUGUGGCUGGAAUUGAGGCUAGAGGCUUCAUAUUUGGAUCACCCAUUGCACUAGCUAUUGGUGCAAAGUUUGUCCCACUGAGAAAACCGAGAAAGUUGCCGGGUGAAGUGAUUGCAGAAAAGUAUGAUCUGGAAUAUGGAACAGAUUGCCUUGAAAUGCAUGUAGGGGCAGUUCAACCUGGGGAGCGUGUUUUGGUAGUUGAUGAUUUGGUUGCAACUGGUGGAACGCUUUGUGCGGCCAUUAGUUUAAUAGAGCGGGUUGGGGCUGAAGUGGUUGAAUGUGCAUGUGUCAUUGAGCUUCCUGAACUCAAGGGUCGUGAAAGGUUAAGGGAUAAACCAUUGUACAUACUUGUGGAGUCACGCUGAUGGUAAUUACCGUGUCUUUAGGCUGUGGAAGAGAUUAAUGAUAUAUAGAUAUGUAUAUCAUCAGAGAGGGUUGUCCAUCUGCGUUUUGCUGCAGCAAGAAGUUGAUGUCUCUACAUUAGACAUUGGAUCAUGAAGAAAAAUGGUGUAAUUUUCUGUUUUAUCCUCCAAUGGGGAUUGGGAAGGUUCUCUUAAUUAUUUUUCUUCUUUUUUUCUUCUUUUGUUUUUUCUCUUUUUGUUUUCCUAUAGUUUGACUUAGCCUUUGGAGGGAUCAAGCAAAUUGCUGAAACCAAGAAGGAAGUUGAAUUCAAGUAUAAUAUGUCUAUGAGUCAACCCUUCAUUCAGCAUUGGACAAUCUAUCUUACUUUGUGUCUGUUAUAAGCUCUUGAUUCAGCACUAGCUAUUAAUUUCUGCA